AUGAUUAAAGUAUUUCCUAUUACUCUCCGUAAUAUCGUUAAUUUACAUAGAUUGUAUAGUACAUCUAAACUGUAUAUACCAUAUAAUCAAACUUCUGAAACUUAUGUUAUAGUUGAACCUUUUGUAGAUUUAGAGAAUCAGUUAAAAAACAUAAAUGCUUUAAAACACAACGUGAGAUUAAGAGGUUUAAACAUCAAUGUAGAAAAUAUUCAUGAAAAGUGGCCGAGUUUUCAGCAUAUAAGAAACAAUAUUGUUAGAUUAAAUCUUGAAAAACAAAAUUUAACAGAGAAAUUAAAAACUAAAAAAUAUAACGAAACUGAAAUUAAACAGAUAAUAGAAAGUAGACGUUCUAUUUCAACAGAAUUACAGCAACUAAGAGAACAAAUAUCAGUUUUAGAAAAAGAAUUGGUCAUUCCUAGUUUAAGUAUACCUAAUAAUUUACAUCCGGAUUGUCCUGUAGUGGAGACUAGAAUUCUACAGCAAUAUGAUGGAAAGUCUAACUUCAAUGCAAAUAAGUUGAAUCAUAUUGAUAUUGGAAAUGCAUUGGGCUGUUUGGAUUAUAAAAAUUCAGUCAUGGUCUAUCUGAUGAAUGAGGCAGCUCUGUUUGAAAUUGCAACUUUAACUUACUUCAAAGAUUCGCUAGAAAGUCUCGAUUUUAUACCACUUUGUAAUUCAGAUAUGGUUAAGAGUCUUAUAAUUGAAGGAUGUGGGUUAGAUUAUACAAAUCAUGAUGCAACAUUAAAGCUAAGUGAACAAAACCUUCAUUUAGUUGGAGGCGCUAGUUUACAAUCAUUCUGUGCUCUACUUACUAAACAAAUCAUCGCUGGAAACAAACUACCAUUGAAGUUAUAUGCCUCGGGCCGUUCGUAUAAACUGCCCAAUAAUAGCAUAGGGUUAUUUUCAACUGUACAAACAAAUGCUGUAAAUCUGUUAAUUGGUUCAGUAGACGAACACCAAUCUAAAGAUCAGUUUGAUAAAAUGAUAUCCAUUUAUAAAAUGUUAUAUGAUGAGAUAGGUUUAAAUUAUCGUAUAAUAUACUUACCCGUUUCAAAGUUAGAUAAUUGGGAAUGUUUGAGAGCUCAAAUUGAAGUUUAUUCUAUAAAUAGUCAAGAAUACCAACCAGUUGGUACUUUAUCACUGUCGGAUAGUUAUAUUAGCAAGCGAUUGCGAAUGUAUUACUCCGGCAAAGAUAAAAAAAAUAAUUUUUUACAUAUAUUAAAUGGCAAAAUUGUUGACACGAAUGUUCUUCUAGGAUGUUUGUUAGAAUAUGAUGUCAAACAACUUCAUGUUCCUAAUUGCAUUAAAAAACAUAUGAUUUUGUAAAUGACUAUGUUUCAUAUUUGGUACUAUUAUAAUUAUAAGAUUCCAGUAGAAAAUAAAUACCAAUUUGCCAUACAUGGCUAGUAUGUUUAAGAAAAAUAAAGCAUUUUGUUAUUAAA